GCUUGCCGCCGCUCCCUCACCCCCGCUUCGCCGCUUCCCGGCGGCCGGGCGCGGCGGCGGCGGCGGCGGCGGCGGCGGCGGCAGCAGCAGCAGCAUCAGGGCCGGGCGCGGUGCCACCUCCCGCCGCGGCUGUGGGUGGGUGAGCGGGCGGCACCAGAGGCGGAGCUAGCCGCUCGGCCGCCGCGCGCCCGGCGUUGGGGAGGCUGAGGAUCGGGCGCCUGCGGCGGCCUCGCCAUGACCGCGGCAAUGAGGCAGAGAUUUGACCGGUUUCUGCACGAGAAGAACUGCAUGACCGCCGUGCUCGAGCGAAUCGAGAGCAAGACCGGCGUCAACCGCACCUACAUCGCCACCGCCGUCGUCGGGGUGGUGGCCGUGUACCUGGUGGUGGGCUACGGCGCGUCGCUGCUCUGCAACACCAUCGGCUUCGGCUACCCCGCCUACGUGUCAAUCAAGGCCAUUGAAAGUCCCAACAAAGAUGAUGACACACAGUGGCUGACUUACUGGGUUGUGUAUGGCGUUUUCAGCAUAGCAGAAUUCUUCUCUGAUAUCUUUCUGUCCUGGUUCCCUUUCUACUACAUGCUAAAGUGUGGCUUCCUGUUGUGGUGCAUGGCUCCAAGUCCUUCUAAUGGGGCAGAAUUUCUCUAUCGUCGAAUUAUCCGACCUUUCUUCCUGAAGCACGAAGCUCAGCUUGACAGUGUUGUUAAAGACCUGAAAGACAAGGCUGCAGAGACUGCAGAUACCAUCACUAAAGAAGCCAAGAAAGCAACAGUGAACUUACUGAGUGAAGAAAAGAAGAGUACUUAAACUAUUAUCUGGAUAAAGUUUCCCUACCACCUCCUUUAUGAAGCUUGAUGUUACUGGGAACUGUGGUAUAAUUUUAAUAAUAUUGCCUUGGAAACAUUUUGAUAUAUUAAAGAAAUGUGUUGUAAGUUUGCUUACUACUUUGCUGUGUCUGUAUAGAAAGUAAGCAUUUUAUUUAAAAGCAAUGCAGUGGGUGGUGUCUGAAGCUUAAUGAAAAUAUUUUAUUCAUCUUGAUGCAGAAAUCUUUCAGUAAUCUCUUUCUGCAGUAACAUAAAUAAAAAGUAUAUAUCCCACAGGCUCUGCACUUUAGUUGUCUCUUUGUGUAUGUAAUUAUUCUCAACACUUUGACUGUGGUGCAUCUGGUAACAUGAAGCUAUUGCAUAAGAAAAAUACUAGUCUGAACGCAUCUUCUUGAAUAUACAGGGAAUUAUUGUGACAGAUGGCAUAACAAUGUAUUCCCCACCAGUAAAGUUGUAAAUGAUGAAGUUACAUGUUCUAGGCACCUGAUGAUAGAGAUUAUUCAUUGUUGCAUGUUUUGCUGUAACACAAUUAUUUGGUACAGUGUGUGUAUUCUUAAAUGGCUAGAUACUAAAUAUAGGAAAGAGUAACUUCAUUCAAGUGAUCAUGCUUAUAUUAGCAUGAAGUAAUUUGAAAGAAAUGGAUGCAUUAAAUUGCACAAUAUUAGCACAAGAUGAUGAAAGUACAACUUCUUGCCUCUUCUUGCUAAAUCAAGUUGUCAUCUAAAAUUGUUAAUAGAGUGCCUUUUAAGAUCACACUCAAAAGCACAAACCACAUUUUGCUAAGGAGCAAUACCACUUGCAAACACUUUUUCCUGAAGUCCUGUUGAAAUACUAACUGCCUUGGGUGUCAGUCCCAAGAACUAGCUCAUUAAUAGGAUAGACUUCAACCUCCAUGAACUUUUUCUGCAUAAAAAUCUGGAAUUCCUUCUGACUAUACUAAGAACAACUUUGCAUGAGCACUGACACUUCCUGAAUAGAGAUGCUGCUUUUGUUACUUGAUUAUAUUCCUGACCAAUCAGUAAGAAUGCCACCAAAGUUAAGAGAAUAAAGGCUCUUUUGCAAUCAAUGGAAAAUAUAUUUUUUUUUUUGUCCAGAAUCUGUAUUUACUCUUUCACAUCACAGUAUUUUCAACAAAUUCAGCAUGAAUUACUGAAAUCAACCUGUUCUCAUCUCCAUGCUGACUUUUCUUUAAAGCCUACAGGAAUGCUAUGACAGUUCUUAACUCACAGAACAUGCAGAAGGUGAGAAGCUUUUGAUACAAUGAAAAGUGAUUUCAGGUCACAAACUUAAAUUCAAAAGAUUUAAUCUUAAAAUAGACUUUCAAAGACUUCUGGCUUUCUGCAACAAGUCAGUAUAUAAACAUUCACUGUAAGUUUUCAGAGGCAAGAGCUGCAAAAGAAUGAAGUACACAGUGCAAGUCAGCAGGUCAGUUUUAAAUCUGAGAUAUAUGUUUUAUAAGAAGAGAUGUAGAAGUGUCUUAAGAGAAAGCAUUUUAAGCUUUAAGGUGGAAAAUGGCCCUUACGGCUGUCAGCUUGGCUAGGAAAGCAUGAGACCUACUAGGCAUCAUUUUCUGUAGGACAGCAUGUAGUUUGUCAUUCAAAAGAAAAAUGUAAAGUACCACAGCUAAUCGUUCCAUGACAGCUUUUUGUUGUGAGUGGAUUUGCUGAAGAGGAUAAAGUUUACAGCAAAGUUGUAGAUGGAAGGGAAUAAAAAGUUUGAAGGGACUCACCAUUUUAGUGGUUUAAUUUCUUGUCUUCCUCUGUCUUAAACUCACUGAGCUUUUCUGUAAGCCAUUCUAAUUCCUAGUGCUGUGUUUUAAAUUCUGUCAACCGUGUAUAUAGCAGGCAUGUGGCCAGUGUAAUUUAAGUUUCACCCUUUGAAAUAAGUAAUAGGUAAAUAAAAAUACUUAAUUGUCUGUCUGAUUUAGGCACAAAGUACUACCUAACUUACUUCUCUAAAAACUGUUGAUAAAUCUUAGACUUUCCAAGCCUAACCAUGUCUGUAGUAGAAACAGAACUUAUUUUUUAUUUCUCAUACUAUUCAACAGUUCUUCCACUGUUAUUAAUGGGGAUAAAACAUUUCUUAACAGUUAGGCUUUAAAUCAACUUCUCGUCUUUACAACUUGCUAUUUCUUGACCAGUGGCUAAAUUCUGUGCUCCUUUGUCAGAUUGCUACUUGAAGUAGAACUACAAUCUGUUGUGAACAGAACUUAAUCUUGUUGUUUGCAUUGAUGCAAGUAGAAAUGGCUGAUUUUCUGCAGCAAGUUAUCCUUUCCUGCAAGUAACUCAGCUGGGCUGGCCCCACAGAUCAGUGCUCUUCUGUUUUCUUCACAACAUUUACAUGCAGAUGUUGGUACCCACAUCUACUCGUCUGUGCUGAAGUUGUAAUGUGCUAAAUAAAAAUGGACACAAAUAAAGAGAUUCUUACAGGA